CUUCCCCUACAUUUCAUGUUAAUUUUAAUUCUCUUUGAUAUGUGAGCUUGUGUUGCUUCUUUUAGUCCAAUACUGCAAUACAUUAAACAUUUGUACUGUUACCUAUCAUUUGGUAUCAAAGCAACGAUACAGAGAACAAGGGUUGACCAUCAUCGAGAGGAACAUCAAUGAGAUGUUAGCUAUGGUGGAUGACCCAAUAACAUCAUGUUGCAGUAGAAUCGACGUCGUUCUGAGGUGCAGAGAACAUAUCGAUAGUCAAAGUUCCAUCGCGUCACAAGGCUCUAAGCUUGUCUAGAUAACCUGUUCUGUUGGAUGCAGCUGGUCAAUGAACCAACAAGUAGUUGUGGAUUUAUCUCGAAAAACAUGAAACAGAGGUUUUAAGUUUAUGGUUUUAUGUGUACAAUAAACCGUAAAGAAUGGAGGAAAACGAAAAGAGUGAAGUUUUUUUCGAGACACGCCGUCAUGCUUCAAGGCCUUACUGCUCCAAUUAUCCUCCUGCAAUCACAAAUCAGCAGAAAGAGCUGAAAGAAGGUGCCAGUGGGAGUUACCUCUCAAGAUUGUUUCAUUCACGAGGUAUUGCUCAUAUUAAGGAGAAAUGGAGCAACAACAAACCUUCAAAAAGAUCAAGGAAUUGUGCAUCCCUGUUUGUUUCUGCUGGGGGUGAUCUUGUGGCUGUAGCAACCAGGAACCAGAUAACAAUAUUGAGGAAGGAGGAUGACUACCAGGAACCUUGUGGAGUUUUUACCUGUGAAAAUAAUGCUGUAUUUAUAUUUGGGGCUUGGGCAGAAACUCAUGAUGUUCUUGGUGUUGUUGAUGUUGGAAACAUGCUAUAUCUAGUUAGAGCUAAUGGUGAAGAGAUAACCAGAUUCUCAAAGAGGCAUUUGAAAGUUUCUUCACAAAUAGUAGGUUUAGUUGUUCAAGAUGAUGUCAAUGUGAAGACAUCAUGCUUGUGUACAUUCAGUGUUUUCACUUCGGAUGGUUCAGUUCAUGAUGUUGAGAUCAGUCAAGAUCCUGAUGUUUCUGUUUUCUCUAGAGCCUUAUCAAUCAGUGACUCAAUAGAUAAGCAUCAAUUCCAUCAGUAUGUUGUCUGCCUGGAUUACCAUCCAAAACUGUCUUUGUUAGCUGUAGUAAAUCAUGCUGGCAGUACACAAUCAGCUACUAAUGGAGUGUACAGUGUUUCUCUCUGGCAGAAAAACAAGCACUUAGAUCUCAAACAGGUGGUUUCUGCUCAAUUUGAGGGCUCAAAUUUUAUUUCAAAAGGUAAUGCCGAUCAAAUGGCACUGCCAAAGGUGCGAAUUUCAGUGCAAGGAAAAUUUGUUGCUGUUUUGGAUGUGGAAGGGCAUUUGGUUGUUCUAAAGUUUGAUAAUAAACUUCAAUCUCUCACAUUUACUACUGGAGCGGGACACAAGUCGGAUCUAAUAAAUAGUGGCCUAAGUUUGGCAAAUAUACACUUCAAUGAGAUAGUGGAUUUUGCCUGGUGGUCUGAUAAUAUUCUUACUUUAGCAGCAAGGACUGGUACUAUCACCAUGUUUGACAUGUAUGCGGGCAUCAAUGUAUUGGAGACUGAUAUUAAAUAUUCACUGCCACUUCUGGAAAGACCACAAAAUCUCUCUGGAAACCUUUUCCUUUUAGAAAGCAAGUCACUUGAUGGGAGCUACACAUCGUCAGAAGAAAAGGGUGCAAGAGAUAUGCAUCUUAUCGAGUGGGAUGCUGUUUAUGCGAAUAACCAGUUUGAUUGGACCAAACUGGAGUGGAGCUUGGUCUCAUUAUCUGAACGAUCAGUUCUAGAAAUGUAUAACAUACUAAUUUCUCAGCAUGAAUAUCAGGCUGCUCUCGUUUUUGCAGAGCAUCAUUCUCUGGAUAAAGAUGAAGCCCUGAAGUCACAGUGGCUCCAUUCUUCCCAUGGAAAAAAUGAAAUAAAUACUUUGCUGGCAACUAUCAAAGAUAAAGUUUUUGUGCUCUCUGAAUGUGUUGAUCGGUUUGGACCAACAGAAGAUGCAGUGAGGGCUUUGCUUGACCAUGGAUUCCACCUGACAGACUCUUAUAGGUUUUCCAAGACCGAGGACAUUGAGCAGGAUGAAAUAUGGGAUUUCCGGCUGACAAGGCUGAAAUUGUUACACCUGAAAGACAGGCUAGAGACAUUUCUUGGCAUAAACAUGGGCAGGUUUUCUGUGCAGGAGUACAAGAAAUUUUGCAACCUGCCCAUCAAAGAAGUUGCCAUUGGACUUGCAGAAGGUGGAAAGAUUGGGGCUCUAAACCUUCUCUUCAAGCGUCAUCCUUAUUCUUUGACUUCUUGUAUGUUGGAUGUCUUGUCUGCUAUCCCUGAAACUAUUUCUGUUCAAACAUAUGGACAGCUACUUCCUGGGAAUUCCCCUCCAAAUAUUGCUAUAAGGGAAGACGAUUGGGUUGAAUGUAUUGAGAUGUUUACUUUCAUCAGCAAUCUCCCUGAGAAUCACGAGAACAGUACUCCGAUAAGUACUGAACCAAUUGUCAAGCAAUCCAUGGGGUAUCAUUGGCCUUCACUUACUGAACUGUAUUCAUGGUAUAAAAAUAGAGCCAGAGAUAUCGAUACCUUAAGUGGGCAGCUAGACAAUUGCAUCUCUUUAAUUGAUUUAGCUAUUCGGAAAGGCAUUAAUCAUCUAAAGCCAUAUUUAGAAGAGAUCUCCUACUUAAAAGAACUUAUAUAUAGUGAAGAAGGUGACAACACAAUGAAUUCUUCUUUGAGUCUUUCGACUUGGGAAAUUUUGUCUGAUUAUGAAAGGUUUAAGUUGAUGCUAAGUGGGGUCAAUGAGGAAAUUGUUAUUAGGAGAUUACAUAAUAAAGCGAUCCCAUUCAUGAAGAAGAGGCUUCACUCUAUGAAUGUAAUUCCUGACUCAGCUGAGGAGCUACCCUCCUCUUUCGUGAACUCGGCUGAGUCUUUUCUGGUCAGAUGGCUGAAAGAGUUUGCUUCGCAGAAUAAAUUGGAGGUGUGCUUAAUUGUAAUUGAAGAGGGAUGCAAGGAUGUUCAUAAUAAUUGUUUUUUCAUAGAUGAAGCUGAAGUUAUAGACUGUGCUCUGCAAUGCAUAUACCGGUGCUCCGUUACAGAUAGAUGGUCUACUAUGGCUUCCAUCUUGUCAAAACUUCCAAACAUAGGAGAGUUUGACGAUGCACGUCUCAAGGAAAGACUUAAACUCUCAGAAGGUCAUGUUGAAGCGGGAAGGCUUUUAGUAUAUUAUCAGGUUCCAAAGCCUAUUAGCUUUUUCCUUGAACCUGAUUCAGAUGGAAAGGGAAUAAAGCAGAUUCUCCGUCUUAUACUAUCCAAAUUUAUUCGUCGGCAACCGGUUCAAACAGAUAAUGAUUGGGCAAACAUGUGGCGCGACUUACUAUAUUUGCAAGAGAAGGCAUUUCCCUUCAUAGACUUGGAAUAUGUCUUGAUGGAAUUUUGCAGGGGGUUACUGAAAGCUGGAAAAUUUUCACUUGCCAGGAGCUAUUUCAGGGGUGCUGGUUCUGUAUCGCUUGCAUCUGAUAAAGCAGAGAAUCUUGUCAUUCAAGCUGCACGUGAGUAUUUCUUUUCAGCAUCAAGUCUUGCAUGUUCUGAGAUCUGGAAGGCCAAGGAAUGUCUCAACAUUCUGCCAAACAACAGAAGUGUGAUUGCUGAGGCCGAUAUCAUUGAUGCUGUAACUGUUAAGCUUCCAAACCUUGGAGUGAGCCUCUUACCAAUGCAAUUCAAGCAAAUAAAAAAUCCAAUGGAAAUUAUCAAGCUCGCAAUUACAAGUCAAAGCGGAGCGUAUUUGAAUGUUGAUGAAAUCAUAGAAAUAGCCAAGCUUCUUGGUCUGAGUGCUCAAGAUGACAUAUCAGCUGUACAAGAAGCCAUUGCAAGAGAAGCUGCAGUUGUUGGGGAUCUUCAACUGGCUUUUGAACUUUGUCUUAUUUUGGCCAAAAAGGGGCAUGGAUCUGUUUGGGAUUUAUGUGUGGCACUGGCAAGAGGCCCCCCUCUAGAUAACAUGGACAUAAGUUCUCGAAAACAACUGUUCGGGUUUGCUUUGAGUCACUGUGAUGGAGAAUCAAUUGGAGAGUUAUUGCAUGGAUGGAAAGAUCUUGAUAUGCAAAUGCAGUGUGAAGAUUUAAUGAUAAAAACAGGAAAAGAACCUCGACCCAUAUUCAUUCAGGAUUCUCUUGAUCAGGAAGCACAACUUAACCUCAUAAAGGGAUUGCUUUCUCAAGUGGCAAAAGAUUUACACUUAGGUGGUGAUGUUGUUUCUGAAUCAAUUCUUAGAGACAAUGGGAGAAUACUACCAUUUGCUGCUAUGCAGCUUCCUUGGUUGAUUGAACUAACUCAAGAAGCUAGGAAUGGUAAGAAACGUAGCAGUGUAAGAACACUAGCAAUCAUUGCUAUUUUGUCAUGGUUGGCAUGUAAUGGUUUUGCUCCGAAAGAUGACGUGAUUGCAUCGCUGGCAAAGUCAAUUAUGGAACCACCUGUAUCUGAAGAGGAGGACAUCGCAGGGUGCUCAUAUUUGUUAAAUCUUGUCGAUGCGUAUUAUGGAGUGGGAAUAAUUGAAGAAAGUUUGAGAAGUAGGGAGAAUUAUAGUGAAAAAACUAGCAUUAUGAAUACUGGGAUGAUUUAUGGUCUACUGAACAGCAGUGGAGCCAAGUCUGAAGAACCUGCUCACCGGAGAGAGCUAAUUAUAAGGAGUUUUCAACAGAAUAAGUCAAUCACUUCAGAUGAGAGGGAUAGAAUAGACAAAGCCCAAUCCACAUUCUGGAAGGAAUGGAAAGUUAAACUGGAAGAGCAGAAGCGUUUGGCUGACCAUUCAAGGGUUUUGGAACAAAUCAUUCCUGGUGUUGAAGUGAAACGCUUUUUGUCUGGAGACUCGGACUACAUUGAAAGCGCCAUUCUAUCACUUAUUGAUUCUGUAAAACCGGAGAAGAGACAUAUAUUGAAGGAUGUAUCCAAUUUGGCACACACCUAUGGUUUAGAUCGGUGCAAGCUGAUCCUGCAGUACUUGAAGUCCAUAUUCAUUUCUGAGGCUUGGAAUGUUCAUGAUCUAAUAUCUGAAGUGUCAGAGUUUAAAGGAGAGCUUCAUGGAUUUGCCAGGGAAACUAUUAAAUGUUUCUCUUUGUUCAUCUACCCUUCACUUAAUGGGCAUGACAAGGGUCGACUUUCUUUCAUGUAUGACAUACUCUCUGAUUGCUGCUCAAUGCUCUCAGAACAAAAUGAAGCAAUACCUAUCAUGGAUCAAGAUUCUGUGUAUAGAAGAACUUCAACUUGGUUUGUCCGCUUUUACAAAGUUUCUGCAGAAGAAUGUAACACAGUGUCAUCUAUUGCGAGCUUGAACUUUAAAAACAUUGCUGGAUUGCAAGGUUUGAAUUUGGAAAGCUUCAAUGCGGAAGUCUGUUCACACAUAAAUGAAGCCUAUGUUGAUCUUUUGGCCAAGAUGGUCAAGAGACUUGUUGAGGCUUGUGAAGAUCCAGUGCCAGAUGGCAUCCUGUCAUGGCAGGACGUCUAUAGACACCAUAUACUAGAUUUGGUAACUGCUUUGGAGACUAAGGAAAAGUCAGAAACUGCACAUCUUGAAAACCCUGAAUUCUUCCAUAGCUUUCUAACUCAGAUCGAGCAAACCUAUGAUGUUGGUAGAAAGUAUCUAAAGUUCAUCUCCACCCCUUUAGUCAUUGAGAUAACUAAACGGUUCUUGACUGUGGUAGUGCCUUCUGUGAAAACUUUUAACCCUGGUUGGAAGGAAAGCCUCGUCUUGUUUGUGGAUAUCUGGCUCAGAAUUCUGAAUGAUCUACGGGAGAUAAUUGCAUUUCCUUCCAAUUUAUCAGAGAAGGUUGAUUCAGAAUUUUCAGUCAUAUGCCUUAGAACUUUACAGAACCUCAUCGUCAAAGAAAAAAUAUCACCAACCCAGGGUUGGGCUACUGUUUUGUGCCUUCUUACUAGCGUUGGUUAUGGUGCAUUAGAAGCUUCUGUGGAGAUCUAUAAUUUCUUCAGGGCAAUGAUAAUUACCGGCUGCACGUUUGAAGCCAUUUCUGAUGUAUUUUCUGAGGCAACAAUAUGUGAAAGAACACACGAUCUUCAGCAUCUUUAUCUAAUCAUCUUAAAUCCCAUUAUGCAAGAUCUGUCAAGUCAAUCCCCUGAGGAGUAUUAUCACCUACAUCACUUUUUGGCAUCUUUGAGCAGAUUAGAAGGUGAUAUAGAGACCCUACAGAGCAUAAGGAGGGCAGUGUGGAAAAGAAUGGCUGAAUUUUCAGACAACUUAGAGAUUCCUAGCCAUGUUCGAGUUCACAUAUUGGAAAUCAUGCAAUUCAUUUCAGUUUCUUCCUCUUCUAACAAUAGUAGGCAUAAUGAUAAUAGUUAUAAUGAUAAUAAUAAUAUGAAGAAAGGGUUUUCUUCUGGGAUUCAUACUACCAACCUUCUUCCUUGGGAAGGUUGGGUGAAUCUGCAAACUGCAAAUAGCAAGGAGACGAAUGAUGAGAUUCCAAACACUUUGGCUGCACUCAAGUCUACACAUCUUGGGCGUGCCAUCUUACCUACACUCGAGAUCACACCGGAAGAUCUUCUGAAUGUUGAAACAGCUGUUUCCUGUUUCCUCAAAAUAUCUUCAUGUGCAGUAUCAGAAUCUCAUGUUAACACUUUGCUUGCUAUUUUGAGAGAGUGGGAGGGUCUCUUUGCUACUGGAAAGGCGGAAUUGGUCAUUGCAUCUGACAGUGGGAAUAAUUGGGGAAAUGAUGAGUGGGACGAUGAGGGAUGGGAAAGCUUUCAUCAAGAAGAUAAAGUUGAGUUGGGAACGGAGAAAGAUAAGACCUUUUCUAUCCAUCCGCUCCAUGUGUGCUGGAUGGAGAUCUUUAAGAAACUACUAGCGAUGGCUCGAUUCAAAGAUUUGUUGAAAUUGGUUGACCGGUCCAAUGGAAAAAGUAACCAAACAUUGCUUGAUAAGGAAUGUGCUUAUAGUUUGAGCCAGACUGCACUUGAGAUAGACUGCUUCUUAUCACUCAAACUGAUGCUUCUGUUUCCAUACAAGGAAAUUCACUUGCAGUGCUUAGAUGCAGUUGAGAAAAAGUUGAAAAACGAAGGCAUUUCGGAUGACAUCAGCCGGGACCACGAUUUUAUGAUUUUAGUUUUAUCAUCCGAAGUCGUUUCAACUGUUAUGUCCAAUUCUUCGUAUGGCACAGUUUUCUCGUACCUCUGCUAUAUGGUUGGAAGCCUCUCACGGAAGUCCCGUGAUUCUUGGGCACUUGAAGCUGGUGAUGUGAAUGAAAUGUUUGUAUUUACAAAAGUUGUGUUCCCGUGUUUCAUAUCGGAGCUCAUAAAUGCAGAGCAGCAGAUUCUGGCGGGACUUCUGGUCACUAAAUUCAUGCACGUGAAUGCUUCUGUGAGUCUAGUUAAUAUUGCAGAGGCUGGCCUUAGGAAGUAUUUGGAAACAGAGAUCAAUGUUCCUUUGAGUAUUGAGUUGUCUCAGGAUAAUCAGGAUGGUUCUGAGUUGUUAGCUUACUCCCUCUCCAAUUUAAGGGGUAAACUGGGAAUUUUGAUGCGGUCUGCAUUGUCUUUGCUUUCUGUUGAUGCCCGAGGAUAAACCUUGAGAUUUUUUUGGAGGAGUGGGGUACACAGCCGAAAGGGAUAUAAAUCUUGAGAUUGUUCAUUCUUUAUGUUUUGUUCUUGAGUGUUUCUUUUAAUGGAGGAAUGAAAAAGAUAUAUGUUUUCAUAUCUGCUAGCCGUCAACUACCAAUUUGUUUACUCCAUAGAAAUGUUCAGCUCACGAUAUCCAUCCUAUACGAAGUGACUGACCUAGCUUAGGGGUCAUUCUGGGCCUGAACCCCACCAGUUUGGUAAAUUUUUUAUAUUUUAUGUAAACGGCUUCGUGUAAUUAUACGAGAGAAUUAUUUAUCAGUCCAUUACAAUAUUUUAUCCUGCUUACACUAUGCACAAAGGACUAUUAUUGGCUAAAGAGUGUUCAUCACAUGAUUUAUGAUUAAAGUGAUUAACUAGCA